CUUUCUGUUACUUGUACUGUUCGCUGAUAAAAAAUUCUGUCGAAAAAAUGCAAGUCUGAUUGUUUAUCUUCUAAUUUAUAUAUUCAUAAAAAUAUCAUACAUAUUGACUGAUAUGUCAAAUCUAUAAAUUUAUAAUAAUAAAAUCAUGUAAUAUCAUAUAUCUUCGAAGAAGAGCAUUUUUAUCAUUUCUGUGUUGACUUUCAUCAACUGCCAAUAAUCUUGAUGACGCCAUCACAAAAAAUGACAGUGAAUAAGGAUCUAGAAUAUGAACGAAGCAAAUGUACAUUUCAACCUAUUGAAUUAACGUAUUUCUUCGAUGGUAGUCCAGAAAAAACAAUAGAACGUCGCGAACGAGAAAAGUAUUUUUUAAGUGAUCCAGAAUUACAAAAUAAUAUACCAGUAAAAUAUAAAAGUCAUAAAGAGAUAUAUGAAGAUGCUGUACGAAAAGUAUGUAGAGUUUUAUAUAAACUUAGAAAAUUGCAAGAAACAGGAAAAGCGGGUAUGGAUGAUUUUACUCAUAUUUUUGGAGCUAAACUUGGAUCUGCGAUAUUAAAAGAUGGAAAUCCACUGGUAUUGCAUUAUGCCAUGUUUUUACCAUCUAUUAUGGGACAAGGAACUACAAAACAACAAGAAUAUUGGAUAACUAGAUCUUGGAAUGGUGAUGUUAUAGGAACAUAUGCUCAAACUGAAUUAGGUCAUGGAACAUUUAUCAGAGGUUUAGAAACUACAGCGAUAUACGAUUCUAAAACAAAAGAAUUCAUUUUGAACAGUCCUACUUUAACGUCUUAUAAAUGGUGGCCAGGAGGAUUGGGACAUACUGCAAAUCAUGCGAUAGUUGUUGCACAAUUAUACACACAAGGGGAAUGUAAAGGUAUUCAUCCCUUUAUUGUACAAUUAAGAGAUGUGAAUACACAUGAACCCUUACCAGGUAUUAAAAUUGGAGAAAUUGGUAUAAAAUUGGGAAUGAAUGGUACCAAUAAUGGUUUUCUUGGAUUCGAAAAUUUCAGAAUACCACGAGAGAAUAUGUUGAUGAAGAAUUCUAAGGUUUUAGAAGAUGGAACAUAUGUAAAAGCAUUGAAUGAUAAAUUAACAUAUGGUACAAUGGUAUUCGUUCGAGUAGUGUUAGUAUAUGAUAUCGUAACUUAUUUAUCAAAAGCUGUUACUAUUUCGAUUCGAUAUAGUGCAGUGAGACGUCAGGGUCAAAUAAAUUCGGAAAAACCUGAAGUACAAAUCCUUGAUUAUGUAACACAACAAUACAAAAUUUUUCCUCAUCUUGCUACAUGUUUUGCAUUUAAAAUAACUGCUAAUUGGAUAUGGGACAUGUACAAUGUUAUCAAUGUUGAAAUGGAUCAUGGAGAAUUAGAUAGAUUACCAGAGUUACAUGCUUUGUCAUGUUGCUUAAAAGCAGUUGCAUCUGCAGAUGCAGCAACUGGAGUAGAACAAGUUCGAUUAUCUUGUGGUGGACAUGGGUAUAUGGAUGCUAGUAAUCUUCCAGCAACUUAUGGUUUAGUGACAGCUAUCUGUACCUAUGAAGGAGAAAAUACGGUUUUACUUUUACAAACAGCUAGAUACUUAAUAAAAGUAUGGAAACAAGCUGUUAAUGGCCAAAAAUUACCAGUUACUGUACAAUACCUUUCAAAUGCAGCAAAAAAAAUACAACAACGUCCUUGGAGCAAUAAUUUGGAUUAUAUUGCUGAAGCAUAUUAUACGGUAGCGGCAGGAAUUAUACGUAUAGCAACGGAAAAUAUGGAUCGUAGAAUACAUAAUGGCAUUUCUGCGGAAGAUGCCUGGAAUCAAACUAGUAUCGAAUUAGCUUAUUGUGCAGAGGCACAUUGUCGAGCUUUCAUUGUAAAAACAUUCAUUGAAGGUGUUAAAGGAAUAAGUUCGAUUAGCGAUCAACUAAAACAAGUAUUAUUUCAACUUUGUGAAUUGUAUGUCAUAUAUUGGGUAUUACAAAAACGUGGCGAUUUUCUUCAAUUUUGUUCUAUGAAGCAAAAUGAUGUCCAGAUACUUCAAUCACGUUUAGAAGAAUUAUUGAUGGCAAUCCGUCCAAAUGCUGUGGGUAUCGUUGAUGGUUUUGAUAUCUGUGAUGAAAUUCUUAAUUCAGCUUUAGGCGCUUAUGAUGGUAAUGUUUAUGAACGAUUAUACGCUGAAGCCAUGAAGAGUCCUCUAAAUCAUAAAAGCGUGAAUGAAUCUUUUGAAAAAUAUUUGAAACCAUUUCUUAAAAGCAAUUUAUAAAAUGUUUUUUUUUACAUUUUAAUUUAAAAAAUAAUUUAAGCGAAUUAUAAUUAUUAUAUUUUAUAUAUGAAAAAUUUAACUUCUCCAAGUUUUUUAUAAUUAGCUUCUAUCAAGUAGCUAAUUAUUAUAAUAUAUAUAAAAGACUUCUUUUUAUUGAAAAAUAUUCUUAUAUAUUAUAAGACAGAAAAAAGAAAUCAUCGUUAUAAUCAUUUUAAUAUCGAUUUCUAACAUAUAAUAAUUGUAAUAUAUGUGCAAUGUUAAAGAUAAUUUUAUAAACAUUUAAUUUUUGUUGAAUAUUUAAUGUUUAAAAAAAAAUAUUUUUUACAAAUAUCUUUAUAAUAAUUAUCAAUAUUUCAUAGAGAUUUUAUUUUUACAAAAAAUUUUUUAGGAAUGUAAGAUUAUUUAGGAAUGUAUAGAUUACUCAAUAAAAUGUUUUAGAUAUGUUAUAAAAAGAAUGAUAUUUUCUAUACAAUUUUUACAAUUAAUAAAAUUAUAUUGAAAUAUAAA